GAUGUGUACCACAUAGGUUUGUUUAUUUGUUUUUUUUUUUUUUUUUUGGUUGUUGUUUUUUCUUUUUUCUUUUUUUCGGAGCUGGGGACCGAACCCAGGGCCUUGCGCUUAUUGGGCAAGCACUCUACCACUGAGCUAAAUCCCCAACCCCUUGUUUUUGUUUUUGUUUUUUUUUUUUGGUUCUUUUUUUCAGAGCUUUUUUUUGGAGUUUUUUUUUUUUUUAAAUGAACUAUUUAGUUUUCUGCUCUCUCCUCAGUCGUUGUCAAGGUGACUUUGGAAGUAAAGUUUAGGCAGUAAGGCACACAAUUUUACCUGGAGUUCUGGGACAGUAACAAAAAGUUCUGAUCAGAUUUGUUUGCAGAUAAUCUGAGGUGGGUUUGCUUAUAAGUAGACAGAUCUGCAUUAAAGCAUAUCAAGGGCCCAAGAUGUGACCUACAACUGCAUGCUAUUCUAAGGGUUGGAAUUACAACACCCAGAGGCCAGACAGGCUGCCUGUCUCUAAAUCCUAAAGGCUAAUGUUUAGAGAAACUCUGAUUCUGUGGCAAUUCCACAGUUAUAUGCGUGCAUCAACAUUGAUGCAGUUAUCUGAAAUUCCUGCCAUUGGAAUUCAAUGUAAUGGGUUUGGGAAAUCUGAACAUCUUAUACAAUCCAACUCCUCUGAAAGGAAAACAUUUUGAGUCUAAUUUAGAAAUCGAUAAGCACAAGAAAGGGACUGAAAAACUGGUGAGUGAGGUUUGUUCAGGACAGGAAUGACUGUAUCUACCUCAAGGGCACAGGGAGUCCAAAGGGCUGUUUACAUGCAGUGCUCUACAUCUCAAACAAGACCGCUUGGAGGAAUAGUGCCUGAGCCAAGGCUAAAACUAAACUACAAACCUAGAAAGUUAGUCUCUGUACUUCUCCCUUGUCCUAAUUUUGCACCAACUGAGGCUCUGGGAUCACUCUCAGAAGCACUGCUCAGAGGAGCCAUUCCGUCUCCAUUCGGCCCAGACUCCAUCCAGGGAAAGCGCCGGCCGGGUAGACGAAGAGAAAAAUGGCGAAGGCUGCACUUCCGGCAAGUGUCCUUACGAAUGCAUCCGGGCGGCUGCAGCAGGUACCGCCCAAGGCGUUCCGGGCUCUUGCUGCACAGCCUACAACGGUGAUGGCCGGCAGACAGUCUGGUUGGAGCCAGGCGGCUCUUCUCCAGUUCCUUCUUGGCAUGUGCCUAAUGGUGAUGCCACCCAUACAAGCCCGGAGUCUGCGCUUUGUUACCUUGCUGUAUCGACACGGAGAUCGGUCACCAGUGAAGGCAUAUCCUAAGGACCCCUAUCAGGAAGAGAAAUGGCCCCAGGGAUUUGGUCAGCUAACCAAGGUUUGCCUACAGGAAGGGAUGCUACAGCAUUGGGAGCUGGGCCAGGCCCUGCGGCAACGCUACCAUGGCUUUCUGAACGCCUCUUACCACAGGCAAGAGGUUUACGUGCGAAGCACAGACUUUGACCGUACUCUCAUGAGUGCAGAGGCCAACCUGGCCGGACUCUUCCCUCCCACUGAAGUUCAGCACUUCAACCCGAACAUUUCAUGGCAGCCUAUCCCUGUCCACACCGUGCCCAUUACUGAAGACAGGUUGCUGAAGUUUCCUUUGGGUCCAUGUCCCCGUUAUGAGCAGUUGCAGAACGAGACUCGGCAGACACCAGAGUAUCAGAACAUGAGUAUUCAGAAUGCACAAUUUCUGGACAUGGUGGCCAAUGAGACAGGGCUUAUGAACUUGACCCUAGAGACCAUCUGGAAUGUGUAUGACACACUCUUUUGUGAGCAAACACAUGGGCUGCUCCUGCCACCCUGGGCCUCUCCCCAAACCGUGCAGCGUCUGAGCCAGCUAAAGGACUUCAGCUUCCUCUUCCUCUUCGGGAUCCACGAUCAAGUACAGAAGGCCCGGCUUCAGGGGGGAGUUCUGCUGGCUCAAAUAUUGAAGAAUCUGACCCUAAUGGCAACUACCUCUCAAUUCCCUAAGCUUCUGGUUUAUUCUGCGCAUGACACUACCCUGGUUGCUCUGCAAAUGGCACUGAAUGUCUACAAUGGUAAACAAGCCCCCUAUGCUUCCUGCCACAUAUUUGAACUGUACCAGGAAGAUAAUGGGAAUUUCUCAGUCGAGAUGUACUUUCGGAAUGACAGUAAGAAGGCACCCUGGCCACUGACCCUGCCUGGCUGUCCUCACCGUUGCCCACUGCAGGACUUCCUUCGCCUCACAGAACCUGUCAUACCCAAGGACUGGCAGAAGGAGUGCCAGCUAGCAAGCGAUACUGCAGACACAGAGGUGAUUGUGGCACUGGCUGUCUGUGGCUCCAUCCUCUUCCUUCUAAUAGUGUUGCUCCUCACUGUCCUCUUCCGGAUGCAGGCCCAGCCUCCUGGCUACCACCAUGUUGCAGACAGGGAAGACCAUGCUUGACAACCACUCAGUCCCCUUCCCUCUGCCUCCUAGGGGAUGUGGGCUGAGUCCUUGCUCCUGACUAUUGCCGAUCCCAGCCCAGGGACAGGUUUAGCCUUCCUGAUUACCUACGCCCAAAUGAAUGAGUGAGGCUGGGCUGGUCGCACGUCACCUGUGACUUACCAUCCUCAUGCCUGAUGUUUACCAUGUACUGUGUUGGACACUGGCUUUCUCUAAAUGGGAUUUGCCUCUUCUAUACUCCCUAAGGACUUGAGAUACAGACAAGCAUUCAGGUUUUACUCAAGACCUGGGAUUAAAAAAACAAAACAACAACAGAAAAAAAACCCCAAACCCUGAAGAAGCUGGUACUUGAUCUGUCUAGCUCUUCCCCCAAGCCUUGCUCUUUGUCUUCUAGCCCAUAUCUUUGGCAAAUGGCUUGGAGGACAUUGUCCCUUGGUACUUUUGCAGUUCAUAUAAAUGGCUCAUUUUAUAUGGAUCACCCAACAGCAAAGUUUCCCUCUGACUGAGGCUGCCGUCAGUGUCAACCUCAGGCAGGUUGAAGGACACUGGUGCUGCACCUGGAUGACAGUGGGAGGACACAGGAGUGAAACACAUGGAAUCAUGACGUGACUCUCCCUCAGCUGGGCUGGACUCUUCAGGGACUUGAAGUAAAUGCAGCUGGUGAACUGUACACCUUGACUGUGGCCCGAAACAGAGCUGAAGUAACUCCGAGGAAAUGAAGGUUUUGACUGAGUGCUGGUUCUGUGCCUUUUUUUUUCCUUCCCCAUUUCUGACAUCCAAGAAGCACUCUUACCAGGUCAGUACUAGGUCUCAAUACAAAAGAUAUGCUUUUAUUGGUUAUGUCAAAAUGAACAUAAAAAUUUAAAAAUUCCCUGGUUAUUCUGCUACUAUACAUCAGAAAAAAGGAAAGUACCUUGGCUCUAGCAUGAACUUGGUCUCCAGGCUAGACACAGCAGGGACCCUGAGGGUAGCUGGUUUACUCUUUAAUUUUCUGAAGCAAAAUCUAGAGCAGUAACAUGUCAGUAUCCUAGUUCCAUACAGUAUCCCAUGCCACCAGCACCCCUACUCCCACACUGAGAGUUGGGUACUUCUGGCCUGUGAACAAACAGCUACCACUUCUCUCACAGAACCUGCUCCCAUAGGCAGGGUCAGGUGUUGCUGUCCCACACCAUCUUCAUAGUCUUUCAUGGUCUUUCAAUGACCCAUCUUCCUCUGGGCUCCAAAUGAGAAUAUGAUAACCUAGAAGAAACAAGAAGUCUGACUGACACCUUCCAUUAUUGGUCUGUCUCAGAGGUUGGUGCUGUCUUGGGGGAACUAAUAGACUGGCAUCGCCAUGACCAGAAUAAAGCCAGAUGGGUAACCUAGGCCAGAGACCACUGUCUGCCGGGUAUGUUUACUGCCUACUGCCCUGGGAUGAACUGGGCAGGGAUUUAGCCUCCAUUGCAACCUAGUUUGAGAUAGUUACUCACCCAUAGUAGAAGCCAGUGUGUCUCCCAUAGGAUUGAACUCAUUGAGCUGCAAGAGUGAGAGUAUCGGUGUGAAGUGAGGAGAGAGCAGUACAGAGGCAGUACAUGGGGACUCGUCCUGAUCAGAAAGCUGCUUAACUCCCUACUUCCCCCCAUCACUGUUUGAGGUGCCAAGUCUCACCGAAGUAAUACCGGAAUAUCCUGGAUCAUAGAGCUGACACAUCAUCUUCCCCGAGCUUCCAUCAAACACAUCUAUUGUCCUUAGUUCAUAGGGAACACAACUUUUAAGAUUAGGAUCUGGGUAUCGGCCCACAACAAUGAGGUUGUGCCGUGAAUGCCAGGUCGCCUAGGAAAUGGAGAGGUCAGUCAGAAUGUAAAAUAUUCUUGAAGCCAGGGAAGAUGACUCAGUUGGCACAAGUACAUCUGGUUUUGGAGCCCCAAAACCCCUAUAAAAAUUUUGUCAUGAUGCACCUAGAAUUCCAUCUGGGAGGUGGAGACCUGAUGCCUCCGAACUUGCCAAAUCUACUCCAGCCAAAUCAGUGAGUUCCAGGUUCAGUGAGAAACAGUUUCAAAAAUAAGGUGGAAAACAAUUGAGAAAGACACCUGCUGUCAACCUCUAGCCUGCACACAAGUAUUCUUUAAGGAGUAGCUCUGUGGCAGAGCACUUACACAGUAUACACAAGACUGUAUGUUUCUUCCCAGAAUCUCACAUAUAGGCCAACCUGGUCUACACAGAAGCCCUGUCUUGAAAAAACAAAAGUCUGAACAAGGAUGAUGGGAAAACAUUUGUAAGAGCCAGAGGUGUUCAGUGGUAAAGACCUUGCUUAGCAAGCACAGGUGUUCAGUCCCCAGAAUUGUAAAAAACAAAGCAAAAAUGCAAUGCCCAAUUUGAUAUCUUAAGAAACUGGGGCUGGGGAUUUAGCUCAGUGGUAGAGCACUUACCUAGGAAGCGCAAGGCCCUGGGUUCGGUCCCCAGCUCCGAAAAAAAAGAACCAAAAAAAAAAAAAAAAAAAGAAA